AUGGCGGAACGAAGACGAAGACGCCGGAGAUACAACUUGCUUCGAAAUAGGCCCUCAAAAAGAGUCAUCCGUGACCGCCUUAAUCCCUUAGAGAUGUAUAAUGACGACGAGAUUUUCGAAAGAUAUCGGUUUCGUCGGGCAACAGUUCUCUAUUUGCUAGAUAUGAUCGGCAGAAAUCUGCUCCAAAGUACCAAAAACAAUGCCUUACCCCCGCUGUUGCAGCUCCUUGCAUGCCUAAGAUUUUUUGCCACUGGAGCAUACCACAAGCUUAUAGGCGACAGUAUGCAUGUAUCUGAGUCCACUGUUGGGAGAUGCUGUCGUUCUGUGACAGAUGCAAUCCUUGGUAUUCGAUGGCACUUUAUCAGCUUCCCCAGAGAUGAAAAGGCAAGGCAAACAAAACAAGAAUUCAUCAAAAUAGCUGGUUUCCCAAAUGCCCUUGGGUGUGUAGAUGGCACUUUCGUUAGAAUUAUGGCUCCCUCUAAUAAUGAACAGGAUUUCGUUAACAGAAAAGGCUAUCACUCGCUGAAUGUACAGUUGGUUUGUGAUGCCAAGUUCCGCUUUACAAGCAUUUGUGCCAACUGGCCUGGCAGCGUACACGACAGUCGGAUCUUGCGGGAAUCUGCACUUUGCCAACAAUUUGAGAGAGGUCAUGCAAGUCAUCCAAAGAACAUCAGCUUAAUUUGA